AUGCAAGAUUGUAUUGAAGCAGUUACUGAACAUUCAAACUCUGAACAUCUAAGACAAAUCAAAGAAGAGGAAGCAGAUACCAGCAUUUUCGAAUCCUACGAGGGGAAGCAGUUUGGUCCAGGGAUAAACGGAUCAGCGGUUGUCAUUAAUGAAAAUGAUAUUUCCUCGGAAGACAUGUCGCAGUACCUGAACGACUUUCUUCACGACGAUUUUAAUGGAUACCUGAGUGACAUCAUUUCUAUACAUAGAAAAGUGGAGGAUUAUAGACCAAAAAUAUGCAAGGACUUGAUAUAUCCGGAUGAUUUACCGAAGAUAGGCGUGGUGAUACCAUUCAAGGACGAACAUUUGAGCGUUUUGUUACGCACGGUUUACAGCAUUUUAUACAACACACCAGAUCAUCUUGUCAACGAGAUUGUCCUGGUGGACGAUGGCUCUGAAAACAAUGAACUUAAGAGCGUAUUAGAUAUAUAUCUAGAAAAUCUCUCUAAAGUAAGAGUGAUAAGACUGAAGGAAUCCAUUGGCCUAAUGAUGGCUCGACAGGCGGGAAUUGACAGCGUGGACGCCGAGUACUUUGUGUGCAUGGACUGUCAUAUGGAAGUACUACCAGGUUGGAUAGAACCCCUAUUGAGUCGACUUCUUGAAGAGCCGAAAGCUCUUUUAUGUUCCAAUGUUGGAUCGAUUGACCGUCGUACGUUCAAACUGCAUCAUCCUGAACUCUGGCAGAUACGAUACUUUUUUCCGUUUCUUCUUUUUAAUUUGGAUACUACCUCAGCGAAAUAUAAAACGUCGUUCAUGGAAUCUAGACUCAAUGACACUGAACCUCUUCCAUUUGGGAUCAUUCAAGGUAUGAUGAUUGGGAUGAGGAAGUCUUGGUUCAUGCAGCUGGGCGGGUUCGAUCCUGGGAUGAAGGUCUGGGGCAGUGAGCAGAUGGAACUCUCUAUCAAGGUUUGGACUUGUGGUGGGCGUGUCGAAAUGAUUCCCUGCUCGUAUGUUGCUCACAUGUUCCGGCGCAACAUGUGGAGAAUGAGAAAUGAAGGCGUGGCUAAUAUUCUUCGUGUAGCAGAGGCGUGGCUUGAUGAUCAUAAAUACAAGAUAUAUCAAUUUUAUCACACCAAAAGAAAACAGAUAGAUUUUGGUGACGUAUCAAAUAGAAUUAGAAUCAGAAAAGAAAACAAAUGCAAACCGUUUGAUUUCUAUCUAGACAAGGUUCGAGAAUUUGCGAUGUUUGAAUUUACCGAAAUUCGUAAUCAGGGAGCAAUUAAAAACGAGCAAUCACAAUUGUGUUUAAAUCCUACAGCUAACAAAAUCAGCCUGGAACAAAGCUGGUGCCAUGGAGAUGAGGUUCAGCAUUACACAACUAAAGUACUAGAUGCAUUUCAGUUUGCUGAGUUGACCGAAUCAGGAAAACUACGGUUCCUGGAACGUUGCUUAAUUCCACAGGAAGGUCAAUCCAUACAACUUAAAUUCUGCACAUCUGAGAUACAUAAUCACACUGCGGCUAAAUGGGAGUACACAGAGACAAUGCAGUUACGGCACGUGGUUAGUGGACUCUGUCUUACGGCAGCGGACGACAACAAAUCUAUUAAUCUUAUUACAUGUUCACCAGGCGAUCCAAAACAAGAGUGGAUAUGGUUUGUGCAGCAAUAA